AUGAGUCUUUCUUGUAUGAAUUUCAUUGCAUUUUGUUAUGCUAACAACAUUUUAGAAAAAAAUCACCUAAAUACAUUUGCUUUUAAGUCAUUACGAUCUUUAAUCAAUACUGAGAAUCGUCACCGUCGAGAACAAAUUAAUCAUCAAACUCGGACUACUAUGGCUCAAAAUAAGGAUCAACUACUUGAGGAACAAAUUGCACCAUUAGCAGGCACAGCGCAAAAUUUUUUACCAAAUAACGGCUCACCAUCUAAUGCAACGGAAGAUGCUAGCACGAGGUGUUCUACUUUUGGUACAUAUGCUUUCUGUUUUUUUUGUAUUAUUGCUGGUUUUUUUAUUUUUGCUUUCGCUCUUUUUUUACUUCCUGGCCGUGGUCGUGAUAGUCUUCAUAGUACUUAUGGUUUUCGCGAUGGUUUGAUUCGUUCUUUUACUUUUAUGGGUGUUCUUGUUGUUGGUAUUAUUGUUUUCUCUCUUAUGUGUGUUGGUUUUAUGUUUGCUGUGAAGCGCUUCUGGUUCAACGACCGCACCGAUUCGAAUUAA